ACUGCAACUGAGUCAAUUACCGUGGAUCCUGGAAAUCUGAAAUAAAAAUGGAAAGUGCAGAAGAUCUCAGCAGGUCUGGUGGUGGAGAGAAAAAUAGUUAAUAUUUCCAAUCCAGUCUUCAGUCAUAAUGGACUCAACAUUAACUCAUUUUCUCUCUUCACAGAUGCUGCCAGAUCUGAUGCUGCUAGACCUGCUGGUUUUCUCCAGCAAUUUCUGUCUUAUUUGUGUGCUGCUGGACUUUUACUGGCUCAAGUAUUCCAAUUGUGAAACCAAGGUUUUUAAGGUGUACCAGUAAUUCAGGAGUCACUUUUGCAAGAAUGGAGGCAGUUUCAGAUCUGGAGGAGCAGUUGGCAUCAGUUUCCAGUGAGAUUCAAGCCUUGGAGAUGCAGAUUCAAGAACUUAUGGAGAGACAGCAGAUGCUGGUCGCAAAGGAGCAGGCACUAAAAACGAAGAUAGAGUCUUCGGCGAAUAGCGGGGCUGGAUCAAGCACAGCGCUUGCUGUAUCUGCGGAGGACUGGAACAAGAAAGAUUUUUCAUGGUCACAGAAGGUGGAUGAAACUUUGAAGAGCGUAUUUAAACUGCAAACUUUUCGACCAUUGCAGCUUCAGGCCAUCAAUGUUACGAUGUCAGGGAAGGAUAUCUUUCUGAUAAUGCCGACAGGUGGUGGGAAGAGCUUGUGCUAUGAGCUGCCAGCUGUCUGUUCCAGUGGAUUCACUCUGGUAAUCUGUCCCUUAAUCUCGUUGAUGGAAGAUCAGCUAAUGGUCCUAGAACAAUUGGGUAUUGCAUCUGCAAUGCUGAAUUCCAAUAGUACUAAGGAGCAUAUCAAGUGGGUCCAUGAUGAAAUGCUCAAUAAGUCUUCCAAGUUGAAGCUCCUGUAUGUGACCCCGGAGAAAAUUGCUAAAAGUAAAGUCUUCAUGUCCAAGCUGGAAAAGGCAUACAACGCAGGAUGCCUGACUCGUAUUGCUGUAGAUGAGGUUCAUUGUUGCAGUCAAUGGGGUCAUGAUUUCAGACCUGACUACAAGAGCCUUGGUAUCCUGAAACGUCAGUUCCCAAAGACUCCAUUAAUCGGAUUGACUGCAACCGCAACAAGCAAUGUCUUGGAGGAUGUGAAAAAAAUCCUGUGUGUUCCCAAAUGCCUCAUGUUUACAGCUUCCUUCAACAGACCCAAUCUGUUUUACGAGAUCCGUCAAAAGCCAGCAAGUUUUGAAGCCUGCAUUGAAGAUAUAGUCAAAAUUAUCAAUGGACGUUACAAAGGAAAAUCUGGAAUAAUCUAUUGCCUUUCUCAGAAAGAUACUGAGCAGGUCACUAGUAGUCUGCAAAAGCUUGGCAUAGCAGCUGGGUGUUACCAUGGCAACAUGGAGGGUGCUGAAAAGAGUAAAGUUCAUAAGGAUUGGACCUUAAACAAAAUAAAGGUUGUUGUGGCGACAGUGGCAUUUGGCAUGGGUAUUGACAAAGCUGAUGUGCGAUUUGUGAUCCAUCAGACUCUCAGCAAGUCAAUGGAGAAUUACUACCAAGAGAGUGGACGGGCAGGUCGAGAUGAUCUUAAGGCCGAUUGUAUUUUGUAUUAUGGAUUUAUGGAUAUCUUCAGGCAAAGCACGAUGGUGGUCAUGGAGAAUGUAGGACAGCAGAAACUGUAUGAGAUGGUGGCGUACUGUCAGGAUUCACGAAGAUGUAGACGGGUGCAGAUAGCACAGUAUUUUGAUGAAGUUUGGGAUUCCGCAAAGUGCAACAAAAUGUGUGACAACUGCAACAGUGAAACAUCAUAUGAAAAGGUCGAUGUCACAAGUUACUGUGCUGAUCUGAUCAAAAUCCUGAAACAAGCUGAGCAGCUCGGUGAAAAGCUCACCCCACUGAAACUCAUUGAAGCCUGGAAUGGAAAGGGACCUUCCAAACUCAGGGUGGCUUCUGUAAGCCCUCCAAAUCUCUCCAGGAAUGAAAUGGAAGAACUAAUUGUCUAUCUUCUUCUAGAACAAUACUUGAAAGAAGAUUUCAGCUUUACCGCAUUUGCCACAAUUUCAUACUUGAAGGAAGCACCCAAGGCAAACCUGCUGAACAAUAAGAACCAUGUCAUUUCUGUGCGUAUGAAACUGAGAAGUAACAAGUUGGAUUCUUCUGCUGAAGAAGUGCCAGAAAAAGUCUCAAAUGCUCAGCAGAAGGAGACCGGAAGUAAGCGUAAACAGACUUCUACUGCAAACAAAGUAACCUCCAACAAGAAAAGCAAGAUGCCAGAUGAUAUCCCACUUAACCUUGACUGAUUUGCCUCCACGAGGACAAGUUUGGAAGAGAAUGCAGAGAGAAGAGAGAUGCUGAUGAUUAGAAAGCUUUCAGCAGAAGCAAGCUUGCAAGACUUCUCAGCUAAGGGGGAAAAAAAUGGCUAAGAAGAGCCCUAAUGCUGCAGAAGUGUGAUUUGUAAUCACAAACGCCAUUAUAGUGCACCGGCUAAAAAUCUGUUUCAGAACUAAGAGCUCCACAAAAUUUAAGGCUUGUUGCUUGCAGUAAUCCACAAUAUUACAUGUUUUGCACAUUCUUAGCACAUUUCUUUUUAUGUAAAAUUAUGCCUUCUUGCAGUAACUACUGUAAGCAAUAGGAUGACGAGAAUGGUUGGCUAGGAACUUGAACAAAUCAAAUGCUAAAAAUUGAAAGACAGGUGAUAAUCAUAAUGGAAAAGGAGUCCGGCCAAAAAAUUAAUUUCGCUUAAUAUUUCCUAAAUUGAUGCACAUGCCAUUUUCGUGCUUCCACUGCAGUGUUCUGUCAUCUAGGCUAAAAUGAAAAUUUCACCUGACUGACAAGUCUAUUUCUCCUUUAUGAGCACGUGACAACGGUAACAGUUAUGGUUACGGAUUGUUGAAAGUGGAGCUCAUUAUACAUUGAUAAAACUGACCAAAAUAAUUUUUGUAGUCUUUUCUUGUAAGUAAGUGCAAUAAAAUAUUGCAUCAGUUUUAUAUGUUAAUGAUUUCAUUUUGCCUUGGGCAAAGCUGUACCAAUUUUAUAUCCAAAAUGUUUGUGGAAUUGUAGAUAUUUCACAUUUUUUUAGGCCAUGGCACGCAUCAUGCAGUACCCUUGCAUUCUGCAUCAUGGUUGAAUAAACUGGUAUUUCUUUAGUGCCUUUGGAUGUCAGGAUGUCUCAAAUUGCUUCACAGCCAGUUAAGUACCAAGUGGAAAUUGGUUACUACAUUUCAAAAGUAACGUAAUGACCGAAAUUUGGACAAGGAAGAGCGCCCAACUCUUUCACAAAUGCUUUGGGAUCUUUAACUUCCACCUGGAGAGGACAGAGUUUCUGUUUAAAAUCUAAUCCAAAAAAACAGUGCUGUCUUAGUACUGCACUGAUAUCUCCAUCUUACUUAGACACUUGAAAGUAUGACUUUCUGCCUCAGAGGGAAGAGUGUACUGCUGGUACAAUGGAAGAACUUUGCCUUACAUCGUGGUGUAAACUGGAAUUGUAUUGGGAUGGCAGGGAGGAUAUUGGAGCUGUAAGGCGCUGUGCCAUAAAAUGCCAGGUCAUCUGUUUCCACCUAACAACAGCUUGUUCAAUCUUUACUGUGUCAGGCUGUCAUUAGGAAAUUUAAUAACUGCUUAUUGCUGGGGAGCUAGGAAGGGAAAAAAAAAUUGACUUUGAUUCACAUUUAAAGCAGCAGUCUUGAGAUUCCAUUGAUAGAGGGAUUGGGAAUAUGUUGGUAUCAGAAAUUCACCAAUGCCUACUUCUGGCCUAUACUUUGAGGCUGGGAACUGUUGUAGCUGAGACUUGUAGAUGCCAAAAAAAAACAAAAACAGCCACAACUGGGGAUUGCUAUACAACAUCGGUGUCCACAACCCAGCAGCAAAUCUGAUCUCUCAUGGCCGCCACAUUACAGCACCCAUGGAACAGCAUUCACUUCACAUCAUAAUUUUCGUAAUUAGUUUGAGUCAACAGCAUACCAGCUGUGGUAAAUUUUACACCAUCGUUGGCCACAACAGCUGUUUGAUUUCUCAAGACUUCGUAAAAUUGGAAAACUGUAGAAAGUGAUGUGCUCAUCUUAAUUAAUUCAAUGGAAUUUAUUCCCAAAGUUGACUCUAAAUGAAGUAUAAUUUAAUUAGACAGGAGAAACCAGCAACAAUGAAACUGUCCGUCCAUAUCAGUAACUCAGACAGGUUAUGGCAUUUUGUGUUAGUGCCCCUCAGACAAUCCUGCAGAACAGUACAAAGCCAAAAUGGCAGAAGCCUUGUCUCUUUGUACUAGUCGUGAUUAACUGAUUACUUCCAGUACCUAUUUUUUAGUACAAAUAUGAGUCAUGUUCAGUUUUCACUCCUGUUGACCAUCGAUAAUGAGAUAGAAAACCUACAGUCCAGUAGUAGUCUCAAUGAUAAUUGCAUCAAAAUAAACAGAAGCCAGGUCUUGCUGGGACCCAUGGAAUCUGGAGCAUAAUUAUGAAAUCUAUUUGUUCAAUAUUGUCAGUUAUGGUAAACCAAUCAUUCCAUCAGUAUUCAGUUUAUGCUGUUUUUAUUUCCAUAUUUCUGCAUGAUUUUAUCCAUAAUGUAUUUUGAGUUAUUGCCUUCUCUCAUUUAAUGUGCUGUCCCAUGAUUUGUUGAAAUAAAAUUUCAAGUUUACAAUA